AUGUCGACUUACGAGACCGCACAGACGCAGUACGUCUCUGUCAAAGGUGUCAAACAUGCCUACCGCCUUUUUGGACAGUCUUCUGGCACCCCUCUCUUCCUACACGUCCAUUUCCGAGGCAACAUGGACUGGUGGGAUCCCGCUUUUAUCAACCCUCUGGCCGCUGCUCGCCCAAUUCUACUAGUGGACAACACAGGCGUCGGUCUCAGCGAAGGCGAAGUCCCGACACGCUUUGUUGACUGGGCCACCGGCAUCCUGGACGUCGUCAACGCCCUAGGAAUCACAAAGCUCGAUGUCCUUGGAUUUUCCAUGGGCGGUUUCGUUGCGCAACUUAUGGCACUGCAAGCACCUGACCUCGUGCGACGACUGAUCGUCGGUGGCGCUGGGCCCUCGGCCGGUGAGGGUGUGGUGGCCAGUGACCCAAAGCACUUUGUCGAAGUUGCUAGCGCAAGCACCUUUGAUGAGUCCCACGCUGGCCUCAAGCACACAUUCUUCACUCAAUCGGAGAAGAAACAAGCCCUAGCUGAGGAGUGGAUCCAGCGCAUGGCGAACGCCCGUACGAAUCGCGCGCCUUUGCUGGGUGGUCAAGGUCUGCAAAACCAGAUUGCCACUGUUCAGCGGUUCUUCUCAGGUGAACACCCGGAAGAGGGAACUUAUGACCGACUCGAUCAGAUCAAGAUCCCCGUGUUGGUAGCCAACGGUAGUAAUGACUUACUCGUUGCGACAGAAAAUAGUAUAGUGCUGUGGAAGAGGUUGGUCAAUUCGGAUGCGCAGUUGCACUUGUAUGGGGACAGUGGGCAUGGCUUCUUGAACGAGUACCAUGAUCAAUUUUCUAGGCUGGUCAAUGAGUUCCUGAAUGAAUAG